AGAUGUUGUCCAAAGCGUACCAUCAUAAAAUAGGUCGACCAUGACGACAACUAACUGCUGGGAGCGUGAGGUUGGAUUAGCAUGGCUCUAUGACUAAUAUGCAGCCAAGGAAGCCGCGGACUAAGUACAGCACUGUUGAAGUUUAAUUGGAGGCUGCUCUAACCAGGCAGCUACUCUAAUCUGGAUUUUGACGAUUUUUUCUUCUUUGAUGAACAAGUCACCACAGCAUGAAGGCUGAUGCUCUAAAGCCUGGUGGCGAACUGCAAGGUCGUCAAGUGCGUUUGAAGCGGCGACGACAAGAAGGCCUGUCUGUGCAUUCGUCGCUCUUUGCCCGGCUGGCCCCUUCCCUCGCGGUUACGCUUCACGCGGACGCGCUCGACCAUGCAUGUAUCCAAGCCGAAGGUUCCACCAUCGGUACCAGUAACAAACAGACCAAUGGCUGGAGUGUUUUGUCCGCAUCACAAAAUGACAAGAUCGAGUUCUUGCCAUUGGCUAUCACUUUUGAAUCGAAUGUGACAAUUUACGUCUCGUACAAUGGAGGAGACACUGACUGUGAUGGUCCGGGGGAAGAUGGAAUACUAGACUUGCCAAUUUCCGUGCUUCCGGACGAUUUUGUGGACGACCAGCCAACGAUGGUUCAAAUAAUGGCCCUUUCUUCCAUCCAAGAUGCGGACAUUUUGAUGGUAGAACCCUUGACAUGCGACGAUUGGGAAUUGCUUGAGAUCAAGGCCGCCUUUUUGGAAAGUGGGGCGCUGUUGCAACAGAUUAGUGUUGUGUAUGCGGGGCAAACAGUUCCACUUUGGGUGGGGGCACACGAUGUGGCCAAGGUUCGUGUCUUGGCAGAAAACUUUGGCGGUGAAGGGUGCUUGCGGUUGGUGCAAAACACUCGCAUCAGUGUGGUUCCCAAGCCUAGACCAAAGUUGGAUCCAAUCAGUCCUCCGCUGAGAAUUCUCCCCACUGCAGUCGACUAUUCAGAACCAAUGAAUCAAUUGGCAAAGCAGGCAGGAAACCCACUGGUCUUUACGACUCCUGGGACUGCGUUUGUGAAUCCAGCGGCCAAGGACGACAUUGCGGGGUUUGUGGGUGACAAGUAUCAAAUCGCCGUGUUGUGGAGUGCAGCCAUUGGCCGCAAUGAGCCAUCGAGCCCAGAGACAUCAUGUCUACUGCAAAUUGCCUUUUCCGAAAAGGUUCCCAAAGAUCACAUUGCGAUCCAUUACCUGACUCGAGCCAGGUUGAAGUUAGAGCCUUUUCUGGAUUUUGUCCAUUUGAGAGUGCUUUCACCAAUUGAAGUGCUCCGGGGUUCAUCCAUGCUCUCCGACACCACCGAAGAAACCCAGCAAGCACCAAUGAGCCUCAUAGACGUGGAACCAAGAAAUAUCCGAACGGGUCCGAAAUGGCGCUACCCCAAUAAUGUCACGUUGGAAACCCCAAAGCAACUUGCUUCGGAUUGCGGGUCUCACUCUGGCACUCGUGAGCCCAUGGACAAUGGUUCUCUUUGGGUUUCAUCUAGCUCAUCGUCUGACGACUCGCAACAACUGAGAAUACGUGCGGUAUGUAUUGCUGCCGAAGAAGCCAGAUGGGAGGAAGUGGAAGACAGGACCAAUGAGAGGGAUCGAUGCUUUGUCUUUCGUGAGGAUCUUGAGCGGGAUUUUAGCUCGGCUGCACCAGAUCUGGUUGUGGCAUCCAAGUCGAUGGAUGUUCCCCAAACACCACAGCUCAUAAAUCUUCUUCCAGAAACAUAUGUCGUCCCGUCAAGCCUCCAAGACAAGAUGGGAUCAAUGGCCAGCACAGGAGACGCUCUUGUGAUUGGAGACGUGGGCAGUGGGAAGACCGUCACAGCGUUACUGAUGGCUGCCUUAGACCGCCUUGAACGUCAAAGCUCCACUGUUUACCUGGACUGUAAAAGGUUAAAAGACAGCAAAGGCAUUCGCAUGAAAAACAUACUGUCAGAACUCACGCGGGUCUUUCAAGAGGCGUUGGCAUCCCGGACCAACUCUACAAUCAUUUUGGACGACUUGGAUGAGCUGGCACCGAACUUACAAGGCGGCGCUGACGGUGGAAGUGCACAAUCUCAUCAAGUGAAUCCUGUUGCAGUUGAUCAGGCGAAACUCAUCGGCGAUGUUGUACGACGGUACAUUGAACGACACCCUUCAAAGAGGUCAGGAGAUAAGCAUCUCUCAGUCGUCAUAACCUUCCGAGACAAGAGGUCGCUGGCCUCAUCAAUCGUGAACGCCCGUCCCUUCACACGAACAGUGGAUACUCCGAAUCUAGCGCCAUUGGAAAAGGAGAGGCUCUUGUGGAGGAUGCUAACUUCUGGGGCAGAGCUGGGAGUGAAAUGUGAAGAAAUAGAGUCGACCCGACUAGGUCGCAAGUGCGAAGGUUUCAGACCACAGGAUUUGCAUAUUCUUGCAUCGAAGGUAAAGCAAGCGCUGCAGAGACAGAACAGCACGGCCGAAACUGUCUCUCAAGUAGUCAACAACACCCUUGAGGACGUUACUCCACUACGCAAACUCUCGGGCAACGACAUCAGUGGAGCUGUAGAAUGGGCCGACGUAGGAGGGUUGUUUGAAGCGAAGGAAGCUCUGACAUCAACGAUUUUGAAUCCUGCAAAGUACAGACGAAUAUACGACAAGGCAAAGAUCCGUCUGCCAAGGGGUGUCUUGCUGUUUGGCUGUCCAGGAAAUGGCAAGUCCUUCUUGGUCCCUGCCCUGGCGAAGAAGUGUGGCUUUUCUUUGAUAACGUGCCGCGGUCCUGAAAUACUGGAUAGAUACAUCGGGGCGUCAGAGUCGAAAGUACGCGAGCUCUUUGCAAGAGCUGCAGCUUCCUCACCUGCGAUCCUCUUCUUUGACGAGCUGGAUUCCUUAGCGCCUCGACGAGGGUCUGAUCGCACAGGAGUCACCGAUAGGGUUGUGAACCAAUUACUGACACUUCUUGAUGGAGUUGAGGAUAGUGGGGCAGAAGCCAAAGUCUACAUCGUAGCUGCUACGUCUAGACCUGACAUUGUAGACCCGGCUUUGCUACGUCCUGGGCGUCUUGAAAAGCACAUUUAUGUCGGGUACCCUGAAAGCGAGGAAGAAUGCAACGAGGUGCUCCUGAAGAUUGCCGCCAGGUAUUCAUUGGACGAAGAUGUUCUCCAGCUACUGUCAUCUGGACACCUGGUGCGUGAAUUGAAGUGCGCAUCUUCCAACUUGGCUCGGUUGUCAGCGGCCGACUUCAAGGCAGCAUUUGAUACGGCACAAUUGAGUGCUAUUCAUCAAAUCCUGCGAACAGAUCCCAUGAAAGAGAAUGUGAUGAUCGGGAGGUCUCAUCUUUUUGCAGCUCUGCGCUCUACCAAACCUUCCCUCCCCGAAAGAGACUACGCCGCGUUGAUGGCUGCGUAUACACCAUAUAGAAAGGACCCCGCCGGAACUGGGGACCAAGGUGGAAAUCCCAGAAAGAUUGCAGAGCUCAGAACUGCGUUACGAUAA